CUGCGCUCCAUUUCUCUCCCACUGCACCUCCCUUUUUGUUUGUUCCUGUACUCAUACAUUCGGUCACGCACUUCUCUUUCUCUAGAAAGUGUCGCCGGCCAUGACUGAGGACGAGUGGAUGAAAGCGGCGAUGCACGACGACUCAUUGGUGGUCGAGCUUCUCUUGGGGCUGAGCCACCGCUCUGUUGCCAAGCACAUGCCGGCGGAUUUGCCGCUGCACUGGAGCGUGCGUCAGCGUCGGUCCAAGCCGGUACUUUUCAGGUCGAAGAAGGUAGUGGCUGUGACGGAUAGCCCGACCACGCCACUUUCCUGGAGCGGAGACACUUCCGGCAGCAGCGGAGCCGGAGUAGGAAGUGGCGGCGCCGUCGACGGCGUUCCUGAGAAUUCCAGCUAUCCUCCUCCUCCGCAUCCUCCCCUUCCUUCUAAUGCAUCUGGAAAAGCGAGAUCUAAGCAGCUAACUCAGACUAAUGAAAAAAGCAAAACCAAGAGGUCAAGAAAGAAAAAGACAAUGGCCGAGCUCAAAGAAGAUGAGAUUGUCCUACUAAGGGAAAGAAGGCUGCUGAAGAAGGAAUUGGCAAUUUUACGUCUCAAUUUGGAGAAACAAAAGGCUACAAAUGAAAACCUGCAGAGAAUGAAGCUUGAUUUGCAAUGUCAGCCCGGAAGAGACGUAACCCCGAUGUCAUCUGUCCAACAAAAUAGGCCAUGCAAUGCUGAAUUGCCACAAACAUUUGCGUCCCAUAACUUUCCAGCUGCAGUGCAAGAAGAGCUGGUGAGGGGUUUGGAGAUCAGUUUUGCACUUCCAGAUCUGAAUCUUCCCCUCGAGGUGGACUGAGCCCAGGGGUUAUCUGCGCAUGAUCACAUACUUUACAUACCAUACAUAUCAGAGUAGCACUAGUUAAGCACUAAUUUUUCUCAUACACGCUCUUGUAAUUAAUUUAAACACCUCCUCAUCUUCACCACUUUGCGCUAAAAAGCGGCUUCAUUGUGGUUUUUCUUCUGUGAAACUCAAGAAGGUAGGGGUAUUGGGUAGGGUUACUAGGAUCAAUGAAUUGUACUUAUGGAAGCUGCAGAUGAUCGAUAGCUUUCUGCAAUCUCCAAUUCUUUGGGGGCCAGCCCUCUGUUCUUUCUAAUACAUUACUUUUCUUUUCUUGUAUCUUAUCACAGAUGAUGGGAUGAAAUCUAUAAUUUGUAGAGGAUGGUACUGAAUUCCUUCGUCAGAGUAUUAAUUUGAAGGUGGAUUAUGACACCAGCCCUGACUUUUUUGCGAUUAAUUGGUCGAAUAGUAUGAUUUUAGGGAUG